CCAGCAUGCCUCCUAGCCUGUUGCAAGUUGUCAUCCCUGAUGUUCCAGAAACCUCGUUGAGAAUAUGAAUAUGUGUUAGUUUUUUUGCGCAUGAAGCUAUAUAAACCAGUGCGAGGACGAUCUUGAAUGAUGGGCAGGAUGUGCAUCAUGACCAAAAAAAAAUAUCUAAGUAGGUCGGUGGAAAUGUUUAGUAGAGGUGGACGAGACGAAAAUUUCACUCCACCUUCAUCUAAAGUUGCAAGCUACAAAUCAACAACAUGGCCGCAGCUUCCUCCUCCUCGUCCCGACUUCUCGUUUCCCAGUUGUCUUCCGACGACAAAAAGAAGCUGGAGACCCUUUCCACCGCGGACUUGUGUGACGCGUACGGUGAUAGGAUUCAAUACCUCCCACAGACGUUUUUGCACUUUGGGACGAAGAAACACUUCUGCGGAUAUGUGGAAACGGUGGACUGCCGGGUAGGAAGCGAAAGUGCUUCAGAAGCCCCCGGCGCACCAUCUACAUCUACGACACCAAGACCCCCCCAGCAACUGGAGCUGGACAACAGCUUUGUAAAGAAGGCCGUGGCGGUGCAGCGCACCCGUCCCACUGUGCUCGUUGUGGAGGGGAACGGCGCUACCGCCACGAACGCGGUUGUGGGCGAUUUGAUCGCGAAAGAAGCCGUGAAAAACGGCGUGGUUGGUUUUGUGGUGAACGGGAGAAUACGGGACUCCGCGGAGAUGGAAAAGCUGGACAUCGGGGUGAAGUGUUUGGGCACGCACCCACGGAAAACCAAAAAAGCGGACAAGGGGCGGUUAGGAGGAAAGCUAUGUUCUUUCGGAGAAGUAGGCGGGUGCUGUGUAGUGAACUCCGGAGAUUUCCUCGUUGCGGACAUGGACGGCGUGGUUGUGGUUACGUCUUCGGAAGGCGGUAGUAUUUGUUCUAGCGGGGGUUCAUCUUCGAAGCUGUGAGCAGCAGCUCGAAGUGGUCAUAGUGUCAAAAGCAGAAGAACGUGUGCCGUCGCCCGACGUUGAACUUACUACCAGCUGCGGCGAAACCUGGAUCGUGAAGCUUGAGCUGCAAAAGAAAGAAUGUAUAGGCAGUCCUCAUGUCUUCAUCUGAGCCCGCGUUGGCGCUGGUACGCCUC